GGGGACAAACGAUAUUUUCGACUGCGGCACAAAUGCUGGAGCAUGAAAAGCAAAAGGUGUUGCAAGCAGAAAUGAAGACCAUGAAAGAGGCUGAGGAAAAGCGUAAAAUCAUGCAGGAAAAGGAGCUGAAGAUUGCUGAAGAACGCGAACAGGAAAGGAGACUCGAAGAAGCCAAGCAGGCUGAAAAGGAUUUGCUCAAGAUGGAAGAGGAGGAGCAACAGCAAAAGAACAAGAAUGGUGGUUCUUCGAAGAGUAAGAAGGGUGGCAAGAAAUAGUCUUGUGGACAAAGAAAAAACAAUAGCAAGCUUCUUGCUCUAUCCGCACACACUCUCUUGUCUCUUUUCUCUUAUCCCCCACACACACUGGCAUAAAGCACACUAUCCGCACAUAUUACAACAUAUUAUACACACACACACACACACUUACUCACAUCCUACCUCCUUGAACCCACCUAAAGAAAGCCCACUACCGUAUCUGCUUCUUACAACAGCAUUUAUUCCGUGUAUAACUAAAAACAUCCUACAUCCACUUUGUUUCUCUUCAAAAUACUACUCCCUGCAAGUAUGCAACAACCAACCCAAAGGCGUUAAGGAUCCUGUACACACAGACAGUCCCAAUGUGGUUUCCAUACUGCGUGACUCUUUUAUACUGGUUGUUGUUCUUGAUGCCCCUGUUUCCAUGCUAGUUGAAGCAACAUAAUGGCAAAUGUGUAAGAGACCCAGCACAGGGAAAGAGAGAGCAAGGGAACGACCCUACUUGACAGGCAGGGAUUGACAUC